ACAGACCAUUCAAAGAUCGGACUUCAGCCAGUGUGUUACCGAACAAACAACAGUCAUUAUGUUUUCAAAUAAACAAUUACAACAGCACUAAAAAGCAUCCUUUAAAUAUUUAACAUCUUCAAGCCCUCGUAAAUUUAAAUUCCCAAUUUUGUUAUCAUCAAAAAUUUAAAUAUGUGGUUAUUGUUAACCCUUAGUGCGUUUAGCGCCAUAUCAUUUGUUUUGCUAAGGCUCCUGGCGUAUUUCCGUUAUGUGAAGAAGUGUUCUUUGAUUCCGACGCUGGGUGACUCUUUGCCUGUCAUCGGACAUGCUCAUCACCUCAUCAUCAAGGACACUGUCGAAAUAGUCGACUUUAUAGCUGAAAAAUGCAGAGAAUCCAAUCAAGUAGGAGGAGUAUCAAAGAUAUGGAUCGGGCCUUAUCCUUUAAUGUUGAUAACGGACCCCGACGAUGCCUUGACUGUGGCCAACACCUGUUAUCAGAAGCCUUAUGUGUACAAAUUCGCUGAUGCUUGGGUAGGCGACGGCCUCGCCACUGCAUUGUUACCGACCACUUGGAGGAAGCACCGGAAGCUGCUGAACCCCUCCUUCAGCCAGCAGUGCCUCAACGGUUUCCUGCAGAUCUUCAAUGAGCAGGCGGCGGCCCUGGUGAGGGACCUCGCCCCGCACGCCGGGGGGGGACCCUUCGACCAUAAUAGAUAUAUUAUGUCGAACGCGUUUGAUGGGAUUUGUAAAACGACAUUCGGCAAGCCAGACGGCAUCCUAGACAAGGGGAGCAGCACCGAGGAAUACAAGAAGGCUGUCGACACCAUCGUGCACGUGUGCAUGCAGAGAAUACUCACCCUGUGGAUGCACUUCGAUGUUGUGUUCAAAUACAGCAAACUGAGGGCAGAGGAAGAAAAGGCUGUGAAGACGCUAAGGGGUACUAGUUGGGAUGCACUGAAAAAAACUCAAUCAGCUGUUGGACAGGAAAAUAAAAAACUAGAUGACAGAUUUCAGCCAUUCAUUAACUCAUUGAUAGACUUGAUAGCCGAUGGGUCAAUGACAGAGAAAGAGAUACAAGAGGAACUGGACACUUUGAUCUUUGCUGGACAUGACACGUCUGCGACGCAACUACUCUAUGUGCUGAUGGCUAUCGGGUCGUACCCUGAUGUUCAAGAAAAGAUCUACAAAGAAUUGCAAGAAGUAUUCGGUGACUCUUCAAGGGAUGUCACGAAGGAUGACUUCAGGAAGCUGGAGUACCUAGAGGCUGUCUUGAAGGAAGUCAUGAGACUUUACCCAAUAGCGCCAAUCAUUUUGAGGGACAUUGAUCAGGAUGUAAAAUGUAAAAACGUGACAAUCCCGAGCGGCUCGACCGCGUUCAUCGGGCUGUGGGGCGUCAACCGCAGCGAUGUGUGGGGCGCUGACGCGGACCAGUUCGACCCGGGGCGCUGGCUGGAGCCGGCGCGCCUGCCCGCCAGCCCCGCCGCCUUCGCGUCGUUCAGUAUUGGGAAACGAGGGUGUAUAGGUAAAUCCUACGCCAUGAUGUCUAUGAAGACGACGCUGGUGCACCUGCUCCGCAAGUACCGCCUGAAGGCAGACAUCUCCCAGCUGAAGGUGCAGCUGGUGCUCAUGAUGAAGCCUGUGAGUGGAUGCGAAAUCAGCAUUGAGUCUAGGGAUGCUGGUAAUACGUGUAAUUAGGUUUGUUAUUUAUACACAGGAUGGUAUUAUUAUCAUUGUAAUCAGAAAUAACGAAUAAAUAAGCAAAAGGAAAUACAAUUUUGUAUCCUAUAAGCAUAAAUAAAAAGAAACAUUCUGUAUAUUUAUGCUUAUAGAAUAGAUACAUAGGAUAGACACUGUAACUUUUAACUAACGUAUAAAUGUACGUUAGAUAUUUGUAUACGCUGAAGAUAUACGUUGACUGCUAAUAAAUUAAACAUAGAACUAAUCCUUGCUUUUUUACCAUGAACUUGAUACAGGCAUCUUUAUCAUUUAUCAAUGGAUGUACAAGGAAAUAAAAUGUUUUGUAACUAA